CAAUCUCAAAAUACACCGGUUCAGUCUUUCGGAUAUGCUCAUAGGGAUAGGGUGUGCGCGUGUUCAUAAAGGAGAUUAUGUGUGUGUUACGGGUACAUGCUUUUUUAUUAUGCUUCUAAAAAAUAAAAAUUUUAAAUUUGAAUACACAUCUACCAGGGGAAAAGCAUUACUAGGAAAAAGAACCCGGUCUAUUGAAGGAUAUCGAGCUUAAACUGAAGGGCCGUUAGUUUGGCGCAUUAUUUUGUUGGGCCUUUGUUGGAAAUUAAGAGAGAUGAUGGGUGGGAGGCGAUCAGAGUAAAUGGGCCAGAACAUUACUCUACCGGGGAAAAAGUGCACCGAAAGUCCCUCAACUUGUCAUCGGGGUACAGAAACAUCCUCAAACCACAAAACCAGAUACGCGGGAACCGAUCAUCCGAGGUCCUUCGGUGGUUUUGACUCCGGUUUUGUCUACAUGGCAGCUGAGUCAGUGUGGGACCCACGUGUCAGCGUGCCACGUCAUCUCUCUCUUUCCCUUUUCUUUUUUUCUCUUCUUUUUUUACUUCUCUUUGCGGCAGGGGAGUAGCAAGAACGGGCGGCGGCGGGCGGCGAAGGCGGCGUGCGAGCGCGCGGCGGCCGGUGAGCAUGGUGGUCGUCGGCGUUGCCAUGGUGGUUGUCGGCGUCCUCCUCGUCUCCUCCUCCUCCGCGUCCGGGUCCAGCCGCGGCGCGGUGGCCCCGCCGCAUCGACGGUGUGCCCCGUUUCUCCCUCCCUCGCCAGCCGUCGGGACGACCCGCAGCGCUUGCCGCGACCUCCACGGCCACCUCCUGCGCGGCCGCGAGCUCCGCGUCGGCCUCGCCGACCGGCCCCAGCAGGAGGCCCCUGGAGGACGGGGUGGCGGAAGGGGCGGCACUGGAGGAGCCGGAGCCGAUGGAGACGACGAGGAGGUCGUCGACGCCGGCAGUGAGGCGGAACUCCUGCUUGUUGUGGAGGACUUGGGUGAUGGCGGCGGCGGUGGGGUUGCCCAUGGCAGCCACCCCACCCGACGCCGCGGCGAUGGCCGUGCGCCCGUCGACGGAGCGGACUGCCGUGGCGGUGGUCCCGGCAUCGGUCUUCUCGGCAGACGGCCGCCCUCCUCACCGCACGGGACAGCAGCAGGCCAGCAGCGCCGCCCUCCUCCCGCCUCCGCGCCGGCCGCCUCUCUCAUCUCCGCACGCGUACGCUUGCACGGUCAGGGACCCGGAGCACCCGUCGCUGGCGUCCCCGACGGAGAACUCCAGCCUGUACGACCGCCCGGGCACGGUGCUCACCUCCUGCACCAUCGCCGUCUCCAUGCCGGACACCAGCUCAACCGCGCGGGCGCCGCCCGGCACCGCGUCGAUGUACUUGACGGACUUGGUGGUCGACAGGAUCGUCCACGGGGACAGCGGCGUGUGGUCGUCCUCGUCCAUGGGCGGCACCAGCACGCCCCAGGACGUGUUGGGGAAGAUAGAUGCACACUGAUAGCAGCUUUGUGGAGAGGUUAGCACCCGGCUCAAUUAGUUAAUUACCUUUCGUUCUUUGAGGAGGUUGCGGGGUCUUAAUGGCGAACGAGUCGAUGAGGGGGCCGCGAGCUUCGUCAUCAGAGACACCGGGGUUGUGGACGAUGAACAACACGACGCUGUGCUUGGCCUUGAAGGCCCAGGAGUAGGAGUCCCAGCCGCUCGGACCCGUUGUUGCCGACCGUGGCCAGCUCCUCCUUGGCGAGCAUAGCACGCAGCACGACGCCCAGGUCGUCGGCAAGCUUGGCGAGGAACGCCUAGAUGGAGUAAAAAAAAGGAAGAGAAAAAAGAAAGGGGAAAGAGAGAUGACGUGUAUCAUGCUGACAUGUGGGGCCCACGUGAGACCCAUGCUGACUCAGCCGCCACGUAAGCCAAAACCGGGGUCAAAACCACCGAAAGACCUCGGGUGACCGGUUUUGUAUAGUUAAGGGACCCCGCGUAUCUGAUUUUGCGGUUCAAGGAUGUUUUUCUAUCCCGAUGACAAGUUGAGGGACCUUCGGUGCACUUUUUCCCUCUACCGGACAUUAGAGGUAUGGGCUUUUUGCAUAGGAUCCGAUAACAACGUGUCCAACACCGGUCCGUCUAAAAUAAACACGAGUAACAGGAUUAUACUACCCUCUCGAUCAUAUUAUGUUUACCAAACAUGAUGAGUAACCGGGUACUACUUCGUAACCAAAAUCAACCCUAGUAAUAUUUCGUGAGGCGAAAAUUUGAUGUAACCAAAAGUGGUAAGAUAAAAGAUGUG